UAAGAUUUUUUUUCAAUGAAUUUUGAACAUGUGUUCCUUCAGAUACAAGAAAUUGUUCGACAAGGAGUUGAAGUUCCUGAAGGACAAAAUGAUUUGCGUAGAAUGCAGUUGAGGGAGCUGGCAUUACUUAAUGGAACUCUUCGAGAAAAUGACAGUCCCAGAUGCUCAAAUUGUGGAGCUACUACCCAUAGAGGCUGGCAGUGCCCCGAUAAACCGAAUGUUACCAACAACGUAGUGUGCACAAAUUGUGGAGGAGCUGGACAUAUAGCCAGGGACUGUCGGGAAAGAAAAGUGGGAAAGCCUGCAUUUGUUUCUGGGGAUAAAUCAAAAAUUGAUGAAGAGGUAACAGAUGUUAAUGAUAUAAGUAAUAAUUGA